AUGGAAGAACCUAAAGGGAUUGUCCGACAUAUAUAGACAUUGCAAGAUCCACAAUUGUCUAGAUCAUAUAGAGGACAUGAAAAAACUUACUGUCUGUCAUUUGAUCCAUAAAUGAGGUAAUUGGCAUCUGGAGGAAAUGAUUCAAUAAUAUAUGUCUAUAGUUUCAAACCACAAGGCAGACCAUUUAAAUUUAAUGGACAUAAAGGAGCAGUGUACAGUGUGCAAUUUUCACCAGAUGGUUAAAUAAUAGCAAGUGGUGGAGAAGACAGGACUAUUCGUUUGUGGAAGAAUUCUGUUUUAGGAAAGUGCACGGCGAUUAAAGGACACAUUGGAAGUGUGAGAUCUUUAUCAUUCUCUUCAGAUAGCAGUAUGAUCGUAUCCUCAUCAGAUGAUAAAACUAUAAAGGGAUGGAAUGUAUUAAAGAACAAUUUUAUGUUCUCAUUGGCAGGACAUACUAAUUGGGUCAGACAAGCCAAAUUGUCUCCAGAUUCUAGAUUGGUUGUGUCUGGAUCAGAUGAUUCAACAGUUCGUUUGUGGGAUGUCAAUAUAUCUAAAGAAUUGCAGAAAUUCAAAUGUGAGGAUUCAAUAUAUACAAUUGAUUGGAUCAGUGAUGGAACUACAAUAUGUGCAGGUUAAAUGGAUGGCAAAAUUAAAUUAUGGGAUGCUCGUUCAAUGAGAUUAAUUUAAUAUUAUGAGUGUAGUAAGAAAUCAGUAAAUACAAUUAAUACUCAUCCUAGUGGUAAUUUUCUAUUGUCUGGUGAUGAUGAAAGCAAUCUAAAGAUAUUUGAUCUAAGACAAGGAAGAUUGGCAUGGUCACUGUAUUCUCAUUCUUAACCUAUUAAAUAAGUCUAAUUUAAUUAUGCAGGUGAUUAUUUUGCUUCAGCUGGAUUGGAUUCAAAUGUAUUGGUUUGGCAAUCUAAUUUUGAUGAAAACAUGAAACCUUGCAAUGUUAUCAAUUUUAUUGAUAAGAAUAUAUCAAAUAAUGAUUCAUAAACAUUAUCAUCUUCAAAUUAAUUUAAAGUUCCUUAAACUACCUUCAAAGCUAAUAAAUAAUAAAAUAAAAUCAAUUAUGAAAACUAGACCAAUUAAUCUCUGUUGAUUAAUCAGACUCAUCAAAGUCCUUUGGCAUAAAUGUUAUCAACCAAAUUUGAGAAAAUUGUAUCUUAAAUGGAUCAAGUUACAUAGUUGAUUGUCUCAAUCGAUAAGAGAAUCACAUCAAAUGAGGAUCAAGUGAAGAAGUUAUUAUAGAAUGAGAGAGUCAAAUCAAUCCUUGGCGUUUAUGAAGAUUAAUAUAAGGAACCAUAUUAGAAGGCUGCUGUUUGGGAGAACUAUAGAAACAAGCAAUAAUAGAACAACAAUUAAUUGACUUUGCAACAAUAGUAACAAUUACAAGACCAAGAGCCUGUCUUUGGAACUGGAUCAUUUAUGAGAGACGGUGAAUUGGAAGAUUUCCCAGAAGAAAGUGAGUAGAAAUUGAAGUAAGAGUAUGAGGAAGAGAAAUACAAAUUGCAAUAAGAACAUAUAUUGGAAAAUGAUUAAAAUCAAUAAACCUUCAACGUUACUGGUGAGUAGAACAUAUUUCAAACAGGGGCUCUGGAUGGAACUUUAAGCAACUAAAAUAAUUAUACUAAUACAUUUUCAUUGACUUUUACUUAGAGAUAAAACUUAUAAGAGUAAUUGAAUAAUUUAGGAGAUUGGAGAGAAUAGCUUGAGUAAGUGUAAAGGGAAGUAAUGGAAAAUUAACAAGAUAACGAUUAGUUUAUAAGGGAGGUUAAUGAAGAUGACGAAGAAUAAUAGGAACAAUAGGAACAAUAGGAUGAAUAAGAUGAAUAAGACGAAUAGGAUAUACAAUAAUAAUAGGAACAUCAAGGUUAGUAAGUAGAAAUUCAAGAGGAAGAACAUCCCAUUUAGGAAGACUUUUAGGAUGAGCAAGGAAAUCAAGGAGAGGAGGAAAUCAGAUAUUAGGAUCAAGGAGCUUAAGAAUGA